GGUUUGCCGUAGUUGGGAAGAUGGCGGCCGUAGUGCUGGUUAGCCGUCCUGCGAGUGUCCUUUCAAAGAUUUCAAGCAACUGCUACCCUGCUUUGUUGUCAGCUGCGUCUGUCACCACAGUCCAGCAGAGGAAGCUGCAUCAUGCUCUCAUCCCUAAAGGGAAAGGAGGACGGUCCUCUUUUAGCGGAAUAGCUGCCACGGUGUUUGGUGCCACAGGUUUCCUGGGACGAUACGUUGUCAAUAGGCUGGGUCGGAUUGGGUCUCAGAUUAUAAUCCCUCAUCGCUGUGAUCAGUAUGACCUUAUGCACUUCAGGCCCAUGGGUGAUCUUGGGCAAAUCCUCUUUUUGCAGUGGGAUGCCAGGAACAAAGACUCCAUUAAACGGGCUAUGGAGCACUCAAAUGUUGUCAUCAAUCUGGUGGGCAGAGAGUGGGAGACGAGGAACUUUCGCUUCGAGGAUGUGUAUGUUACCAUCCCACAGCAGAUUGCCAGGGCAGCCAGAGAAGCCGGCAUCACAAAGUUCGUCCACAUGUCGCACCUCAACGCUGACAUCCGCAGCCCAUCCAAAUACCUGAGGAACAAGGCUGUGGGAGAGAAUGCAGUAAGGGAAGAGUUUCCCGAUGCCAUCAUCAUGAAGCCCUCUGAGAUGUUUGGGAGGGAGGACAGAUUCUUCAACUAUUACGCAAAUAUGCGCUGGUUUGGAAAUGCCGUUCCUCUUAUUGCCCUCGGAAAAAAGGCGGUGAAGCAGCCUGUUCAUGUGGUGGAUGUGGCUAAGGCCAUCAUCAGUGCUAUCAGAGACCCUGAUGCUAAUGGAAAGACAUAUGCACUGGUUGGACCCAAUCGUUACCUCCUUCAUGACCUGGUGGAGUACAUUUAUGCAGUGGCGCACAGACCUUUUGUGCCCUACCCUCUGCCUCGCCCACUUUUUCAGUAA